CUAAACAAAAUGGAGAAUACAACCAGCUACGCCCACAAGAAGUUUGCCGUGAGCAAAAGGAAGCGAGAUUUGGUUGAGGACAAGGAGAACUUCACACAGGAAAUGGAGCCACCGAUUACCAAGCGCCGCCAGACACAGGGAUUCUUUCGACCCUGGCUGGAUAAUGAGCACAAUCAGCAGAAGGAGGUGCCAGUGGACAAGCCAAGUGGCCGGGUAUCGCCGGUCAGCCAGUACCAUGCCAAUAUGGUGCGCCACAGCCAGACGAGGCGGCAGCGUAGCCCCAAGGAGCAGCUGCGUCGGGAUCGGAACACCCUGGCCUGCCUCCUCAGUCGCCGGGCCAAGCAGGCCCAGGAGGAGCAGGUGGGUCGCCAGUACGAGCAGUACAGGAGCCACCAUGCCGCCAUGCUGGAGCAGCAGAUCCGCCUGAGCCUCUACUACCGCCAGAUCCUCCAGCAGGCCGUCUUCCAGAGAGCCAUUACCCCGUCAUCCGGUCAUGUGCUGCCCCAACAACAGCAGCAGUUCCUCCAGCAGAUGGCCCUCUCCCAGCAGAUGCUCAUCUUUGGUGGCCAGCACUGACCACUGACCACCGACCCAUCAAACAUCAUAU